GUUUCCGGCUUUUCAGCAUCACUAACAUUUCCUUUUUUCAUCUCCUUCAAAUGUCGCAUCAAAACCGUACUUUGAAUUGAAAUUCUCAUUUGGGAUACAGAAUUUUCUCACCCUUUUUCCCUUUCUCUAUAAAUCCAUCAUAUUCACACGUCUCUCCCUCUCUGUUUCUCUACUGCUGCUGGUGCUGUGCUUAGCCACAUGGAUUUUUCUGUUUGGGAUUUUUUGAAGAGUACUGUUCUUGUUCGUGUUCGUGUUCGUGUUCUUGUUUGUGGGUUUCUGGUUUUGAACUGCUUCCUUGGAUUUGGAUCCCAUGCACAGCCUCUGCCUCAACAAGAAGUGAGAGCCCUUGAAGCAAUAUCCGCAGAGCUAAAGAACUUAAACUGGAAUGUCCACCAAAAUUCUUGCAUUAAUGGCAAUGGGUUUUCCAAUAGAGUAAUCGACGGUACUGAUGUCAUCAGAGAGGUGAACUGCAGUUGCUCCACUGUUUCUUGCAGCGUUACCAGCAUCCGGCUAAAGGGUCUCAAUCUAACUGGAAUUCUGCCGGCAGCAUUUGGAAAUCUGACUCAGCUGCAGCUGAUAGAUCUUUCUCGCAAUUUUAUAUCCGGACCAAUCCCUAGAGAGUUUGCUCGCAUUCCUCUUGUUGAGUUGUCCAUGUUGGGAAACCGGCUCAGUGGCCAGAUUCCUCCAGAAAUUGGCGACAUCGCAACACUUGAGCAUCUGGUCUUGGAAGACAAUCGGCUUGGAGGAAAUCUUCCUGAAAGCCUCGGGAAACUGACCCGCUUGCAAAGAUUACUUCUUACUGCAAAUAAUUUCACCGGGCCGAUUCCAGACACUUAUGGAAACUUGAGGAACUUGACUGAUUUUCGGAUAGAUGGAAAUGAUGUAUCGGGAAAGCUUCCUGAAUUUAUUGGCAAUUGGACCAAACUUGAAAGGCUGGAUAUUCAAGGAACUUCUAUGGAGAACCCCAUUCCUCAUGCCAUAUCCGAGUUGAAAAACUUAACUGAACUGAGGAUAACUGACUUGAAGGGACCAGCAACUAGUUUUCCGAAUUUGACUCAAUUGACAUCUUUACAGGAAUUGGUCCUAAGAAAUUGCUUAAUCGAGGAUCGUAUUCCUGGAUAUAUCGGUCAGUUUAAUGCAUUAAAAACUUUAGAUCUAAGCUUCAACAGAUUGAGUGGUCCAAUUCCAGACACAUUUCAGAAUCUAGAAAGAGUUACUCGGUUCUUAUUUCUGACCAACAACUCAUUAAGUGGCCAAGUACCAAGCUGGAUUUUGAACAGUGAAAGGAGCAUAGAUUUAUCUUACAACAAUUUUACAGGGUCCCCUGUUUCCAGUUGUCAACAGUCUGAUGUGAACUUGGUUUCCAGUUAUUCAACUACAAUGAAUGAUACUGUUGCUUGGUGCCUGAGGAAGGAUCUCCCUUGCCCUAGGGAAGCUCGAUUUCAUUCCUUGUUCAUAAAUUGUGGAGGACUGAGGAUGGAGGUUGAUGGUAAUGAAUAUGAAGAGGAUGUGACUAUGGGUGGCAAGUCCAAUUUUCUUUCUUUUUCUGAAAGAUGGGCUUAUAGCAGUACUGGUGUUUUCCUGGGAAAAGAGGAUGCUGAUUACAGAGCAUCAAGUAGCAAUGUAUCUGCUUCAAGCAUCUACACAACUGCUCGACUCGCACCGCUUUCGCUGAAGUACUAUGGACUUUGCUUACGGAGAGGAAGUUACAAUGUGAAGCUUCACUUUGCUGAAAUAAUGUAUACUGCAGAUGAAACUUUCAGCAGCUUGGGAGAGCGCAUAUUUGAUAUCUCAAUUCAAGGAAAUUUGGUUAGAAAAGAUUUUAACAUAAUGAAGGAAGCUGGAGGUGUUGGUAAGGACUUUAUUCUAGAAGAGCCUAAUAUUCUAGUCAAUGGCAGUACUCUUGAGAUCCACUUAUAUUGGGCUGGUAAAGGAACAACAGCCAUUCCAAACAGAGGGGUGUAUGGACCUCUCAUAUCUGGGAUCAGUGUCACUCCAAACUUUGAUGUGGAGACCGGAGCGCUAUCAGCUGGGGCUAUUGCUGGCAUUGUUGUUGGCAUUUUUGUGUUCGUUGUGUUAGUGUUGGCUAUUCUCCGAUGGAAAGGUUACUUGGGCGGAAAGGACACUGAAAACAGCGAAUUGCGGGCCCUAGAUUUACAAACAGGUUAUUUCAGUUUAAGACAAAUCAGAGCAGCCACCAACAACUUCGACUCGACAUAUAAGAUAGGCGAGGGAGGUUUUGGUCCAGUGUACAAGGGAGUAUUGUCGGAUGGUACUUCAAUUGCUGUAAAGCAGCUAUCCUCCAAAUCACGGCAAGGAAACCGUGAAUUCGUCACUGAGAUUGGGAUGAUAUCUGCAUUACAACAUCCAAAUCUUGUUAAGCUUUAUGGUUGUUGUAUUGAAGGAAACCAGUUGUUGCUUAUAUAUGAGUAUCUAGAGAACAAUAGUCUUGCCCGUGCACUUUUUGGCCCCGAGGAGCACCGACUUCACUUGGAUUGGCCGAGAAGAAUGAAGAUAUGCUUGGGAAUAGCAAAGGGAUUGGCUUACCUUCAUGAAGAAUCUAGAUUGAAAAUUGUUCACAGAGAUAUAAAAGCUACCAAUGUGCUACUUGAUAAAAGUUUGAAUGCCAAGAUUUCUGACUUUGGGUUGGCUAGGCUUGAUGAAGAGGAGAACACCCAUAUCAGCACAAGAAUUGCUGGCACAAUAGGUUACAUGGCUCCCGAGUAUGCGAUGAGAGGUUACUUGACUGAUAAAGCCGAUGUUUACAGCUUCGGAGUUGUGGCCUUAGAGAUUGUUAGUGGGAAAAGUAACACAAAUUACAGGCCAAAGGAAGAAUUUGUUUACCUUCUUGAUUGGGCUUAUGUUCUACAAGAGCAAGGAAACCUUCUCGAACUUGUCGACCCGAGUCUCGACUCACAUUACUCGAAAGAAGAGGUGAUGAGGAUGAUUCACAUAGCUCUCUUAUGCACAAACCCGUCUCCGACUUUAAGACCAUCCAUGUCUUCUGUGGUCAGCAUGCUCGAAGGCAAAAUUGCUGUUCAAGCACCAAUCAUCAAGCGCAAUGCAGCCGAUCAAGAUGCAAGGUUCAAAGCCUUUGAGAGGCUGUCUCAAGACAGCAUAACAGGCAUUUCGACAUCGUCGCAAGGCAUUCAGAUGCAAAGAAGCAUGUUAGUCGACGGGCCGUGGAUCGACUCCUCUACUUCUACUCAAAACAAGGAUGAGACCCAUGAUAUUUCUUCAACCAGAAAUCUCCUUUAGGAUGUAGAGAUUGAAUCAAACCAAAGGAUGAAACUGACAAUGAGUUAUAUGCAUUUUUCUGUUUCAACUUCCAUUCAUAUUCUUUUGUAGAGUGUUGUUCGUUUUGUAUAUGCUGCGGCUCAAAAAAAAAAAAAAAAUUUAGAAAUGGUUUCUCUUUCCAAAGUUCAUUUUUCUGUCUCUCCUGCAUUAUGUACUCAGUAACCUUCUAGUUUAUUAUUUAUUGUUUCCUUUCUAAAUAAAU